AUGGCUCUCAAUCUAGAAGCAGUUGAUAUCCGCAACGUAACAGCGAUAGGACAUGUCGAUCAUGGUAAGACAACGCUGAUGGAUGCUCUCCUGGCAGCGAACAGCAUCAUUUCUUCGCGCAUGGCCGGAAAGAUCAGGUAUCUCGAUAGCAGAGAGGAUGAACAACAGAGGGGUAUUACAAUGGAGAGCAGUGCGGUAUCGUUGAGGUUCAAGGUAAUGAAUAGAAAUGCAACUGAAGGAAGCUCCUCAAAAACCUAUGUCGUGAAUAUGAUUGAUACCCCGGGCCACGUUGAUUUCUCCAGCGAAGUUUCGACUGCAUCUCGGUUGUGUGACGGUGCGCUGGUCCUAGUUGAUGUUGUGGAAGGAGUUUGUACCCAGACCAUUACUGUCCUCAGACAAGCAUGGCAAGACCGAUUGCAGCCAAUUUUAGUCAUCAAUAAGUUUGAUCGACUAAUUACUGAAUUGAAGCUUUCCCCCGUCGAGGCCUAUCACCAUCUGUCUCAGCUAAUCGAGCAGGUCAAUGCGGUUAUGGGCAGUUUCUUUGCCGGAGAACGAAUGGAGGAUGAUCUUCGAUGGAGGGAGGAACGUGAGCGUAGGCUAGCGGAGAAGAAGGAAAGCCACGCCGAGGAAGUGGACGCUACUGUGAAUGAAGCUGAUGAAUUCCAGGAGAAAGAUGAUGAGGAUAUCUAUUUCGCUCCUGAGCGUGGCAACGUUAUUUUCGCUUCCGCUAUCACGGGCUGGGGAUUCCGUACCGGCAAGUUUGCGCACUUGUAUGCCAUGAAGCUGGGUAUCAAGGAGGCAAACCUUCGCACCGUACUGUGGGGUGAUUUUUACCUUGAUCCAAAGACGAAAAGAGUGAUCAGCCACAAGCAUCUACGUGGUCGUGCCUUGAAACCAUUAUUUGUACAAUUCGUUCUUGACAAUAUAUGGGCCGUGUAUGAUGCUGUAGUCAUCAACCCAAAUCCCGACAAGAUCACGAAGAUUGUUAAUACUCUUGAUCUCAAAAUCCCCCCUCGCGACUUGAAAUCAAGAGACACCCGUCAGGUUCUGACGCUAAUAUUUUCGCAGUGGCUGUCGCUUUCAUCGUGCAUAAUUCAAGCAAUAGUAGAUGUCGUCCCACCCCCCUCCAUCGCUCAGCGAACCCGUAUUCCUAAAAUGUUACAUCCCGACAUACACGAGCCAAUUGUCGAGCCGAAAAACGAGCUGGAAGAGAACCUAUACUUAUGUAAUUCUGGGUCGAAUGCCCAAGUGAUAGCUCUCGUGAGCAAGAUGUUUGCAGUACCCACCAAGGAACUGCCACGCAGCAAGAAAACACCGAAGACGAGCGAGGAAAUGCGCGCCAGGGCGCGCGCGGUAAGGGAAGCCAGAGAUCUGGCGCAGGUCGCUGCUAGCGAGCAGUCUCAAUCGAUGUUGGUACCACCCGAAACUGCGCUCGAGCAGCUUGAAAGCAAGGAAGAUGGCGUUGAAGCAUUAAUUGACGACGAGACGCUGCUUGGAUUCGCGCGUAUAUAUUCUGGUACCAUCCGAGUGGGGACAGCUGUGUGUUGCAUUUUACCAAAAUACAAUACCUCUCUGCUGCCCACGCAUCCGCGGAAUUUGCCGCAUAUCAUCACAGCGCAAGUCGAGGCGUUAUAUGUCAUGAUGGGCCGCGAGCUUGUCCCAGUGGAUAGCGUCCAGGCAGGAAACGUGUUCGCUAUUCAAGGUUUGAAGGGCAAAGUGUGGCGCAAUGCAACUCUGUGCGCACCUAACGAUGGCGGUGUGGCGGAUUCCUUAGAUAUAAACCAACUUGAAGGCUGUCUAGUCAACCUGGGCGGUGUAAGCCGCUACGCCGCUCCUAUAGUUCGAGUUGCUCUUGAACCGGAGAUUCCAUCGGAGAUGCCUCAGUUGAUACAAGGCUUGAAACUGCUAAGCCAAGCAGAUCCGUGCGUUGAAACUUUCCAGCAGCAGACGGGGGAACACAGAUGCUUAAAGGAUUUGCGAGAGAGGUUUGCAAAAAUCGAGAUCAAUGCAUCUAAGCCCAUUGUCCCAUUCCGAGAGACGGCCGUCAGGGCUGUUGAUAUGGCUCCUCCGAAGACGUCUAAUGCGAAACGAGGAACGAUCUGCGGAACGAUUCUCAAUGACCUAGUCAAGUUCACCAUUAGGACAAGCCCGAUCCCCAAGCAAUUAUCAGAAUAUCUCCAGGACAAUAUUGCAACAUUGAAGCGUAUAGGAUCGGAGCAAAGUAAUAGAACACUGAAUGCAGAUGGUGCUGAAGCCGAAGAGAACGGAGAGUAUGCGGAGGACGAGGACUAUGAUAUUCAAGGGGAGAUUAUGAGGAAGCCCAGUAUCAAACCCGAAGAGUUCUGGGAUACUUUGCAAGACAUCUGUCGCACGGUUGGCGGUGAAUGGGCUGAGAUCACCGAGCGGAUCUGGGCCUUUGGCCCGCAAAGAGCUGGGAGCUGCUUGCUUGUCGACGGAAGGCCAGGCGUUUAUUAUAACUCGCUCAAGCAUCACCACGAACGAAAUAAAGCGGCGGAGUCGAGUAAGGAGAAAGAACCGCUCUUACGUGAUUUGGACAGUCACUUGGAGGCAGGAUUUCAACUCGCGACGUUCCAAGGGCCCUUGUGCUCAGAGCCAACGGAAGGUUUGGCAUAUUUUGUCGAAUCCGUGAGUAUCGACAGAGAAGGCAUUGAACAAGAGAGGCAACUUAAUCGAAUGGCUCAGAUUACCGGUGCAUUAAUGUCUUCGGUAAAAGAUGCCUGCCGAAGCGGACUAUUGGAUUGGUCACCAAGGUUAAUGCUCGCUAUGUACACGUGUGACAUCCAGGCGUCCACGGAUGUGUUGGGCAAGGUGUAUGGUGUCGUCGCAAAGAGGCGUGGAAGAAUUGUGUCGGAGGAAAUGAAGGAUGGCACAGAUAUUUUCACUGUCCGGGCUUUACUUCCUGUAGUGGAAAGUUUCGGCUUCGCAGAUGAUAUCCGCAAACGCACAUCAGGAGCGGCAAGUCCUCAGCUCAUUUUCAGCGGUUAUGAAAUGCUUGACCAAGACCCUUUUUGGGUUCCUACAACCGAGGAGGAACUCGAGGAUCUGGGAGAAAAAGCAGAUCGGUCUAAUGUUGCGAAGGGUUAUAUGGACGCUGUACGGGAGCGUAAAGGCAUGUUCGUGGACAGAAAGAUUGUAGAGUUUGCAGAAAAACAAAGAACGCUCAAGAGAUGA